AUGAGUGAAUUGAAUCCCACUCUUGGAAUCUGCGAAGAGAUGCGGCCCCAGUAUGAGAAAGGUGCAGAUUUGGAGGUCGGCAGGCUGCGUACACUCUCCUCUAACAUGACCAAGAGCCCGGAGCUCCGAUAUGUCUUCAUCAAGAAGGUUUACUUUAUUCUCACCCUCCAAUUGGCGUUGACUGUUGCCGUCGCCAUCAUGGUCAUCUUGGUUAAACUCGUCUCCCAUAUCUUCGUCUCCUCUGGUGCUGGUUUGGCCCGUUUGGGGGUCUACAUCUGUCUCUCGAUCCUUCCUUUGAUCUUUUUGUGCCCUUUAUGUUACAUAUACCAAGAACGGCAUUUCAAUUUUCUUCUUCUUGGGCUGUUUACGGUGUCAACCAGCUUCGCCGUCGGGAUGACUCGCGCAUCCACAAAUGGAAAAGUCAUUUUGGAAGCUGCUAUUCUCACAGCAGUAGUGGUGCUUAGUCUCACUCUGUACACAUUCUGGGCUGCGAGGCGGGGCCACGACUUGAACUUUCUUGGUCCAUUUCUGUUUGCUGCUCUCUGGGUAGUGCUGGUUUUUGCUCUCAUCCAGAUUCUAUUUCCACUUGGGAAAUUGUCCACGAUGAUAUACGGCGGACCGGCAGCAAUGGUAUUCUCUGACUACAUUGUAUACGAAACUAACAAUCUAAUCAAACUCUAUAGCUAUGAUCUAUAUAUCUGGGCAGCUAUUUCGUUGUAUCUGGACAUCCUCAAUUUAUUCCUCUCGUUACUCACUUUGUUCAGGGCUGCUGAUAGUUGA